AUGGUUGAGAAAUCUACAAUGAGAUGGUUAUGUGCUGUUUGUACUUGCUGUUGCUGGCUUAAUUAUUAUGGCUUUUUAAACAAUUGUGUAAGAGGAUGCUAAAUUUGUAUAGAUGUUUUUGAUGCAACUGCUUCAGCUGUUUGGAAAGGGAUAUUUUGUAUAUUCAUGUGUUGUUGUUUUGGGUUUGAAUGUGUGGCAUGUGUGUUGUGUAUCUACUCAUGCAUUGAAUUAUUCAACGAUCCAUGUUAAAGAUAUUAAGCUGAAGAUUCAUGGAUCAAUGCUUUUUGGCAGUUGGUAUAUCUAAAGGAUCUAGAAAUAGAAGGAACAGUUAGAGAGAAACUUAAGGAGAUAUUUGCUAAAUGAUAAAAUGAAUAAUAUAUAUAAUGGAUUGCAUGUUCAUUCAUAUUUUAAGUUUAUUUUAUUUCAUA